AUGGCGCACCGGCGGCACGAGGCCGAGGCGAUCGCCGCCGUGUUCCGGCAGAAUGCCUCGGGCGUGUCGGACAGGGACCGCUUCUACGAGAUGCAGCGCCCGUGCUGCCGCCUCAUCGUCGUCCGCAGCAGGAGCAGCCCCGUGGCGGAGCCGCGGCUGUUCCCGCUGCUGACGGACCUCCUCGCCAAGCCCGUCGUCCCCUCCGGCCUCCUCCUGCCCGACGAGGUGGCCGACGACGACGACGACGACGCCACCCCGGGCGGAGGCGGCGACGGCGACGACCAGUCGUUCUCGGACGUCAUGCGGUGGCUGGACGAGCAGCCUCCGCGGUCGGUCAUCUACGUGGCGCUCGGGAGCGAGGCGCCGGAGACGGCGGGCCACGUGCGGGAGCUGGCGCUCGGGCUGGAGCGCUCCGGCGCGCGGUUCCUCUGGGCGGUCCGGCGCCCCGCCGGCCACCCCUCCGGCGGCGCGCUGCCGCUGCUCCCGGACGGGUUCGAGGCCCGCGUGGCGGGGGGCGGGGUGGCGCGAGCCGGCUGGGUGCCGCAGGUGCGCGUGCUGGCGCACGCCGCCGUGGGCGCGUUCCUCACGCACUGCGGCUGGGGCUCCACCGUGGAGAGCCUCUUCCGGUUCGGCCUCCCGCUGGUGAUGCUGCCGUUCGUCGCCGACCAGGGCGUCAUCGCCCGCGCCAUGGCGGCGCACGGCGUCGGCGUCGAGGUGCCCAGGGACGAGCACGACGGGUCGUUCCGCGGGGACGACGUCGCGGCGGCGGUGCGGCGGGUGAUGGCGGAGGAGGAGGGUCGGGAGCUCGCGCGCAAUGCCAGGGAGCUGCAGAAGGUUGUCGGGGAUAGGGCGAGGCAGGAGCAGUACGUUGAUGAUCUCGUCGAGUAUUUGCAGCGCUACAAAUGA